GCGGGGUUUUCUGCGCAUGUGCCCAUUGUGCAAGUACUGUGAUACCGGCGAAAUUUGACUUUAAAAGUUCCCGAAAAUGACAGAUAAAGAAGCAGGCGGCUUCGACGAUGCGGUGGAGGAGCGAGUGAUUAACGAGGAGUACAAGAUAUGGAAGAAGAACACGCCGUUCCUCUACGACCUUGUAAUGACCCACGCGCUCGAGUGGCCGAGUCUCACAUCACAGUGGUUACCAGAUGUCACCAGGCCGGAGGGCAAGGACUACACAAUUCACCGGCUCAUACUCGGCACACACACCUCCGAUGAGCAGAAUCAUCUAGUGAUUGCUAGCGUGCAGCUGCCGAACGAUGAUGCUCAAUUUGAUGCAUCGCACUAUGACAGCGAGAAGGGAGCGUUUGGAGGCUUUGGCUCCCCAGGUGAGCGUAGUAUAGAGAUAGGAUUAAGAUCAACCGACGAGGGAGAGGUAAACCGUGCGCGCUAUAUGCCGCAGAAUCCGUGCAUCAUCGCGACAAAGACACCGUCCAGCGACGUGCUUGUGUUCGACUAUACCAAGCAUCCCUCGAAACCAGACCCUAACGGAGAGUGCAACCCGGAUCUGAGAUUGAGGGGCCACCAGAAGGAGGGCUACGGUCUCUCCUGGAAUCCCAACAUGAACGGCAGGCUCCUAUCCGCCUCCGACGAUCAUACGAUCUGUCUAUGGGACAUCAACGCGACGCCCGUCGAGCAUCGAGUCAUUAACGCGCAGACGAUCUUCACGGGUCACACGGCCGUCGUCGAGGACGUUGCGUGGCAUCUGCUGCACGAGAGUUUGUUCGGAUCCGUCGCCGAUGAUCAGAAGCUGAUGAUAUGGGACACACGCUCUAACAACACCAGUAAGCCGAGUCACACGGUCGACGCACACACUGCAGAGGUUAACUGCCUGUCUUUCAACCCGUACAGCGAGUUCAUACUAGCUACGGGAUCUGCUGACAAGACAGUUGCAUUGUGGGAUCUACGGAAUCUGAAGUUAAAGCUUCACUCAUUUGAGUCGCACAAGGACGAAAUCUUCCAA